AUGAAGCUUUUUCCCAGAGCGGCCUCCGCCUUCAUUUUCCACAACCCGCUGAAAAGUCCUGGCAGGGAGAACCGCCAAGUCGCCGGACGAGGGUUUUCCAGUCCAGUAAAGAUCUCGAUCAUACCAAAAGAAGCGCAGUCCAAAUCGAAUAGUUCGGGAUUCCAGACGCCGGAGCCAACUUCGCCGAAAGUUUCGUGCAUCGGCCAAAUCAAGCACAAGAAGAAGAUGAAGGAAAUAGCGAGGAAUGCUGCGGCGGCGGCGGCUAAAAUUUCCCAGCCGAAAAAGCGGCAUCCGCCGUCGGUGAUUAAGAGAAUUUUGACCGGUGGGAAAAUACUCGGGAGGGCAAAAUCAAACGAUGUGGCGGCACCGUCAAGAAAUCACCGUGGUGGUGGGAAGCCACCGCUGCCGAAGAAAGCGCCAAGGUUGAAUCAGAUGAAGCGAUUCUCGAGUGGACGUGACACGUUGGCGAGUUUUGAUUGGACGGCGCAGAUUGUACCAGCUGACUUGGAAGGAGAGGAGACGGAGGGCGAUUGGCGGAGUCCGGUGUCGGAGGCAGUGUGGAUCGGAGAAGACGUGGGCCCACUGCAACCCAGAAAGGAGGUGAAUAUAUGGAAGAGAAGAACCGCCGUUCCUCCCACACCUCUUCAACUCAAUUCCAGUUGAUAUUUCAGUUUUUUUUUUUUCUUUUUGGUAAUUAACGCCCAAAGAAUAUGAACAUCUAUAUUUUACAAGGCCCAUUUACCCAUAUUUCCAAUUGGGCCCUAAAAUUAAACAAGAAGGGCCUAAAACAAAGCCCACUCGGAACAGAUAUAAAUCUACAGAUUCCUUUGUCA